GGAGACAGCUCCCUCCCCCCCAAAACCCAGCGCGCCUCACGUUGCAUGGGUCCCCGGUUAUUGAUAACACAAUUUGCCCGCUGGGAUCCAUCCCAGUAACGUGAAACUCGUGGAUAUAGGGACUAAAAAUACAAGAGACAUUCCGAACCGAAGAAAAACAUCGAUUUGCUCAUUAUCACCGACAAAUAGAAAGCCGAGCCCACCCCUUCACUUGACAACGCGACAUCAACCAGGCAGAAAGGCUUGCUUGUCAUCUCUUCAUCCUCCAUCCACCCUAACCUGCUGUGUUGGGGAAACCCCUGAUGAGUGGGACCUGUAUCCAUGAGCCCCGUGCCCCUUCCCCCUCCCUGUCAGGCUUCAGCACACCCAUCUCAGAACCCCCCUAUCGAAGGCUCGAUGGAGACACCCCUGCCUGCACCCCCGAGACGGACCUGACCCCCACACAGUGUGUCCUCCGUAACGUGCUGUCCAUCGACACUGGUGGACAGGGGGCGCCGGGUGGCAGCAGCCCCACUCCCAGUGAUGGACCUUCAGCCCACUUUGACAACAGUGUGUUAAAACUACAUGAACAUGAGGCCUGCCAGUGUGGCGGCGGGGCUGAGGCAGGCCACAGCCCAGAGGCUGGUGCUGUUCGAAGGCAGUCUGAGAACAUUCGGCUACAGUCAGGAAGUGGAGGUUUUUUGGAGGGACUGUUUGGCUGUCUAAAACCAGUCUGGACCAUGAUUGGAAAGGCCUACUCCACUGAACACAAACAUAGCCAAGAAGAGUCCUGGGAGGUUCCCUUUGAGGAAAUCUCUGACCUGCAGUGGGUGGGCAGCGGAGCGCAGGGGGCCGUCUUCCUCGGCAAGUUCCACGGAGAAGAUGUCGCUGUAAAGAAAGUGCGGGACAUCAAAGAAACUGAGAUCAAACACCUCCGCAAACUCAAGCACCCCAACAUCAUCACUUUCAAGGGCGUCUGCACCCAGGCUCCUUGUUAUUGUAUCUUGAUGGAAUAUUGUGCCCAAGGCCAACUGUAUGAGGUGUUGAGGGCGGGUCGUAAAAUCACCCCCUCCCUCCUGGUUGACUGGUCCAUGGGCAUUGCAGGUGGCAUGAACUACCUACACCUCCACAAAAUCAUUCACAGAGAUCUCAAGUCCCCCAACAUGCUCAUUACACAUGAUGAUUUGGUAAAGAUCUCGGAUUUCGGCACCUCAAAGGAGCUCAGUGACAAGAGCACCAAGAUGUCAUUUGCUGGUACUGUAGCCUGGAUGGCUCCUGAAGUGAUACGCAAUGAGCCAGUGUCAGAAAAGGUAGACAUCUGGUCCUUUGGAGUGGUGCUGUGGGAAAUGCUAACUGGAGAGAUCCCUUAUAAAGAUGUGGACUCAUCUGCCAUCAUCUGGGGUGUGGGAAACAACAGCCUUCAGCUGCCCAUACCUGAGAGCUGUCCUGAUGGCUUCAAGAUCCUCCUCAGACAGUGCUGGAACUGCAAGCCCAGGAAUAGGCCUUCUUUCCGUCAGAUCCUUCUUCAUCUGGAUAUUGCAUCAGCUGAUGUACUGUCCACUCCACAAGAGACAUACUUCAAGUCUCAGGCUGAGUGGCGAGAAGAGGUGAAACAGCAUUUUGAGAAGAUUAAAUCUGAGGGUACUUGUCUCCACCGACUCGAUGAGGAGCUGAUCAACCGACGCAGAGAAGAGCUCAGGCAUGCUUUAGAUAUCCGUGAGCACUAUGAGAGGAAACUGGAGAGGGCUAACAACCUUUACAUGGAGCUCAGUGCUGUCAUGCUGCAGCUGGAGCUCAAAGAGAAAGAGUUGCAAAGGAGAGAGCAGUCUUUGGAUAAGAAGUACCCAGGCUUGUUUAAGCACCAUAGCUCCAGACAGAGCAGCUCCUCCAACUCCAUGGACAAACUCAUUAAGAAGAGAAAUGUCCCACAGAAACUGCCCUCAGGAAAGAGGCCAGACAUCCUCAAGUCUGAGGUAAUCAUACCCAAAAUGGAUUCUUCCGUAAUGCAAGUCACUAUCCCAGCCUGCCCCAACAGAAGCUCCACUUCUCCCAGUCGGUCUCGGAGGGUUAAGACCCGUCAUCGCAAGCCUGGUAAAGGCAGCAGUGGGGACCUGGCUGGACUUAAGGCAAAUCAGUCCUCCCCUAAUAAGGACACAAGUGCCCAGGCUAACGGUUCUACCAAUAACACCUCUAAGCAGCUCCUGGAGCCCUCUGCAGCCCUGAGGGGCCUCAGCCAUGAGCAGCAGCAGAGGCAGCUGUCCUCCUCCAGCCCUGACCUCAUCUGCACCACGCUGGAGGCAGAGGGCCAGGGAAAAGGGGAGACAUCAGGGGGUGGGCUGGAGAGAGGGGGGAGCCUCAGUGCCUCUGCAGGUUUAGGGGGAUCAGAAGUGGGGGCAACCGGUUUGGAUGAUCUCACAGAAACUCCUCCACGCAGUGAUACUCCCAGUGAGGACGCUGCAUCAUUCCCUUUCUCCAGCAGCCCAGACUCACCAUGUGGGAGGGGGGCGGCAGCAGGACGGGGAUCUCUGGGAUCACCACGCCUGCCUCAUGACGGGGACGAUAAAGAGGAGGGAUCCGGUGCUGUGAGAUUGCCCCGGGGGGCUUCUGGGGGAAUCGGGAGCCAACACCUCACACCUUCAGCCAUUUUGUACAGGGCAGCUAUCACACGCAAACAGAGGCGUGGAGUGUCAUCAGAAGAGGAGGAGGGUGAAGUUGACAGUGAGGUUGAGUUACCACGGAGACGACGCCCGACCAGCAUCACCAAGUGCCAGUCGGUGUCUACCUUCAGCUCAGAGAACCUGUCAGUGUCAGACGGCGAGGAAGGUCAUACUACUGACCACUCUCACAGUGGUACUCCUGAUGUGGUCAGCACAAACACUGAUGACAGGUUGGACGACCGCAGCGAUGACCUCCUCUCUCAGGGGUCGGAGAUCCCGGCGGACAACACUGAUCCUGCGCAUGCUUCCGAUGGCCUGUCGGAGAGAGAAGGAGCCCUGGGCCAGGCCAAAGCUCAGCUAGAUGCUGGGCAGAAUCCUAAUGAGAGCCGAGCCCUGUGUGAUGAUUCUGACUGCGACAGCGCUGAGCUGGAUCAGUCAGGCAGCGGAGAGCCCAGCCGUCCCCCCAGUGCCGGAGCAUGGGUACCGCCAUCGCAGCCCUGUCAGGGCUCUCCGCAGGUGCCCCAUACAGGACCUCCAUAGCUUACUGGGCACAACCAAAAGACCUCAAGCUACCCUACAGUGAACCACCAUCACAGGCGUACACCAAUCUGUCAGUGCAGUACAUUACUGUUGUCAUGAGGGGUCACACCUACUGCACCACUCAGACUAUGACAAGUUGACUUAUGGUGCCUCAUAAGUUUGUUGGCUGGCAAACCUACAUCAGAUUGCAUAGAAUAUUUGUCAUAACCUGACAUCAAAUAUUUUGGCAGCUUAUGACAUCAGAUACAUGUCAUUUCAGUUCAGUAGGGAUUUUUUUUUUUAGGCAAAACAGUUACCAAGGUAACCUUAGCCACUGCUCCAGUUCAGCAAAAACCCUUCCACAGACGCACAUGCACGCACAAAAUAAUAAUACACUCGUAGUCCUUUAAAAACUCUAACCCUCACUCUGGGAGCAUCCUUCAUAAUACUCCACACACACUAAUGCAUCAAAUACUAAUAAAUAAUGUAAAUAUUCGUUACAUACCACAUGAGAAAUAUCUAACUUUAUUUUAUUUGUAAAAUAAAAUGUAAGACUAAACUGUAUGCAGCCCUGUGAACAAAUGCAUGACUACAUGUUUAUAAUUUAUGGUUUGAAUGUGUCCGUUUUAUAUUUUGUGAAAGUUUACACUUUUUUAAUCCUGAAAGUAUUACUUGAGUUAUUUUGUUUUUUGUUAAUAAAUGUCAGAACUCAUGGGGAAAAAAAAGUCAAAAUGGAAUGAAAAUCUCACCAUUAACUAGGAUGCAUAGGGUCCUCAGGAGGUGAGUUUUUAACCCUCCUGCUACUGAGUUUCAAAUAAAUCUAAGACAUGCUUGAGGUUUUUAUUAAUCUUAUCAAAUUUGUGACCGGAUGGGAGACCUUUGGGUUCACUAUGCCAUUUUAUGGACACUCAAUUGCCUUUUUAUUAGGUACACCAAGCUAAUGUUAAUAACAGUCCGACAAAAAAAACCCUCUGUUCAUAAAAGUGAUGACAUUUCAGAGGCGUCAGUUCAACUGUAUGAUCUGUUUGAAGGCUGGAGUUUGUGUCGCUGUUGAAACAUGCUGUAUUAUAAUUUAGACCUGCAUCACAGGUGUAAACAGGGUGGACAAAAUAAUAAAAACACCUGUCAGUAUAGUGCCACACAAUCCAACAGCAUCACAACCUUCUAGCUUCCAAAAUUCACACACAGGUGACUCAACAUUUCUCUUAAACAGUUCAAACCUUUUUUUAAAAAAAAAAAAACAACACAAAAAAGUUAUACACAGUACAACUUUUACACAUGGAGUAAUUUCACUCCCUAAAACAAACUUUUAAUUUUUUAAUUUGCAAAGCUGGAAGAGUUCCUCUUAUAGUAAUGAACCAAAGGGAGUCCUAUAGCUCAUGGUGUCGAUAAGCUUCAUGAAAACCUCUACUCUUCCUUUUACCCUUUAAGAUUACUGCGAAAGUAGCCAGAUAAGGAAUAGAGCACUUCUCUGUGGUGGUUACUAGUAGAACAGUAAGUAUCCUUUUGAUUUAAAUAAAAAAGGUUUUGUUUUUAUACAGCAUUGCACAUUGUACCUGUAACAUAGGAGUUAUAUUGAGGGCAAAAUAUUAUGAGCAACAAUAAAUGAUGUAUUGGUAAAAAAAAAAAAAGUGUUGUUUGUUUAAAAGACAGGCCAUGUUAUAGCUACAGUUUGUGCUGUCACAUCAGACAGCUAAAUAACAAAUAAAUGACUAUUUUCAAUUACUUUAAACAUGUCCAAACUGUUCCGGUGUCAUUUCUUGACUUAGAAAUUUGCCCUUUCAUACUUUUAGGUUAUUUUUUGAAAAAUUCCCCCAUGAACAGGCGCAGGGGUUGUGCUUUGUCAGAAAGUGGCACCAAUUAAUCUGACACUGGUCAAUAAAGGUUGUCAACUGCAUUGAUGACUAAAUAAGAAUGUCCAAAGACUCUUUAAGCAUUUCAGAUCUAUUUUUUUUAUUUAUUUCUGCAUUUCACUUCUUCAACAAUUUAAUUUCACCCAGAUCUACAAUAGUUUGAAAACGUGCACAAAAACGUGUUUCUUCAUCCUGCAAAGAAUAAUAAAAAAUAAAAUCUGACCCAGGCAAAAGAGAAUAGCAGGAAACUAGUGUCAAUUCUAUAAUUCUCCCUCUAAGUUAAUCAUAAUUUAAUACCUCAGCAUUAUAUACUUAUAAAGACCAUUAUGUCUUGUAGUUUUGCCCCUUGCAGUAUCCCCCAGCCCUGCAGUUAAAAAAAAUAUUUUCUCUAUUUAAAACAAACAUUUCAAUAUUAUCACCACCGUCAUUACUAUGGUCU